AUCGCCAUUUUACCGAAAUGCGAAAGUAGGACACGAACGUUUUGACAAAUUUUACGUUUCAUUAUCCAUCUUAUGCAAAUGACAGUGAAAGAUAUUGACUAGAAACGAUGCGAAAAUAGUAUGCAAUCAAAAGAGACAGUGUUGUUUGAAUUUUGCAAAAGGAAAUUUGAACACUAACUGGUGGAAUCGCGGGAAAAGUUGUAAACAUCGUGUGCUCAAAGCACCUGUGGCCGUGAGAAAGCACGAUAUUGUUCCAGGUGUACAUCUCAAGUGGACGUACAGGAAACGUCUGCGCCAGAGUGUGAUCUAUUUGGAUGUUCGUUUACUUCUUUGCAAGCGUAUGGUGUUAAAUUGUACAGAGGAAGAUUGAACAAUGAAAAAAAUGUGAUUCCCGGCGAAAGCCUCUGCUUGGCGGUGAGAGGUACCGGAUUGAAUUUCCCAGAAAGUUCUGACAGCUUUAGAUAUGUGACCUGAUAUGUCCAUAUCACUUGCUAUUGCAGCAAACAAGUCAUCUUUAAUAUAAUUUCAGGAUAAGAGUUAGAAUCUCCACAAAUAAUGAGGGGGUAAGCUGAUGUAUCGUCGGCCUCUGCUAGCCCAACAGUGGCAAAGCUGUUGACCAAAGGGAGGUGAUCUAUUUCAAGGUCACAUGACAAUUCCAAAAACAGUAACUUGCCUUGAAAUAAGACAUUUCAUUGGCAUGCAUAUGAAGCUAAAUAUCAACAAAGAUUGGUAAAUGAUAAUCACAAAUCUGAACUUGACAAGUGGAUAAUGAUAAUGGUGUCUAGUCGGAAGCAGACUUGGUUGUACACCCCAGUUAUCCAUGUUGACAAACACAGAUGUCAUUUGUCCUGACACAUCUUUCUUCGCGACAUUAACACUUAAUGCUGUGUCAGUAUUGUGCCACCACUUUUGUUCAGUAGCUUUUAUUUCUAGUAGAUGGUGGUUGUAAAUAAGUGUAGGAACAGAUUAUCUUAUUCGUGAUGUGAGGAAGAACAUAACCAACGUGUACAAGUGCCUUUUUUGAUCUCAAAAGAUAUAUUUUUCCUCUGAAGAGUUGACCUCCUUCAUUCUAGCCAGCUACUGUAAAGCUGCUACUGCGAUUUUGAAAGCAAGGAAUGAAAAGAUAAAUAACUUAGAUACAAAGUGUGCCAAAUCACUGCCUUUGAUUUUGAUGAUUAUUUGAUGUGUAAGUGGCAGUGCAAUGAGGACAUAGCAGACUUUAGUACAAGAAUUUCUCUGGAUUCCGACAACACUCUAGUUGAAGAUAGUUUCUGAACAGACUGUCAAGAUGGUCAGUUCCCAGUGAUGGCCGCCCACAACGCUCCAAAGAAUGAUUUUGCGCCAGCAUGGCUAAAGAUUCCAGCACAAGAGAAUCCUAAGUCAUCUGGAUCCAAACACUCUGAGCACAUGUCUGAUAAAGCUAACCGCCCACGUAGAGAAGAGAAUUACCACAAUAGUUUCAACCGCUAUGGCCCAGAUUACGCUAGAUUACAUAGACAACAUUCUUUUGACAACUACUUUGAAAGUGGUGAGUUUGGGAAGCGGUACCCACCAGGGCAGGGCAAGUAUAGACACCACUCCGUAGAUGACGAGUUUUACCCAUAUCCUUACGGUCACUAUGGAUACUACAAUGGCUACUCAGGAUAUGAUAAAUUUGGAAUGCAGUACAGCUCUCAACCAUCACUGUUUAGGCCUCCUCGUGAUGGGAAAUACCAACAUCCCAACACCCGAUUUGGGCAGCCUGACCCUGUUUUCUUCCAGCAGCUGAACGGCGGCUACCCGCCGGGCUACUAUGAUCUCUAUCCCUAUGAUUAUUACCCUGGCGAGCCCCCCUAUUACCCGGGCUACCCGCCCCACCCCAACAAGCGCAGCUACUACAACAAGGAGUCUCGCAGCAACUCCAAGGAGAGCAAGGAGAAGGAAGGAGCGGAUAAGAAGGAAAAGGAAGGAGAGAAGGAGCCGCCAUUCUCAGAUGACUUUCCAUCUUUAAAUGGCAGUGAAGAUACAACGGAAUCUAAAACCACUAAGUCGCCCAGUGGGGGAGGAGUGUGGGACAACCGUCCAAUAAACAAAUCAGGAAAGGGUGACGAUGGAGAUUACAUGUUUCGAGAUGGCAGAAGUCACGGGGGGUCCAACAUCUACAAGUCCUUAAUUCCAAAGGGGACAAUUGUGAGAAAGAACCCACGUGAGGGUGCCCGCGUCAACGGAGGAUAUAAAGACCAGUCUCCCCUAGCGUCCAUGAAACCCAUGUCACCUACUCUAGCUCAGUCCGGGAAAGAGGGUUCCCGUCAAUCACCCACACCCCCUGCGGAUCUUCUCAACACUCGCUUCGUCACGCAGCCCAAGAACCUGGGUGACAAGAAGAGCAACUUUCUCAAGACUCUGCGCUCAGACAAGGCCCUGCAAGAAAAUGGCAUCGCUGGCCAUGAAAUACAGGAGAACGGGGAUUCUGCAGGCAAAUCCUCAAGUGACCAGCUGGUGAAUGGAAUGGAUGAGCUGCAAGUCUCCACAGAGCCUGGCCGCAACAUUCUUUCCAGCUCCCUGGAGGCUGAGCAGAGGCUGCUUCGCGAGAUGGGUUGGAAUGAGCAGGACGAAGAGGAGUAUGUGAUCACAGAGGAUGACAUGAAGGAGUUCCAGAAACUUACAGACAUGGUAAAGAAAACCCCUCGCAAUGGUCUGGCCAGGACACUUCCCAAAACAUGGAGUCCAAAACACAUCCCAAUAUACCAGCUAGCCAAUACCCAGGAGCUCAAUGAAACACUGUCGUCAUCCGAUUCGGAAACGGAGGAUGAUUCGUAACACAGGCUACAGUUGUUGUCACUGCAGUGAUAAUGUGUGCCGCCGCCGCUUUCUCGCUGUCUUGCACCUGUCUCUCUGCUGACCGCGGGAGAAGCGUCCCAUGUUCGCAGUCAGUUCCCAGGAGCAGCUGUUCUGGAGGAUGAUUCGCAAAGCUAGUUUGAGCGUUAUAUGUGGUAUUUACAGAAAAACAAAACUGGUAUUUGAUAACAUUGAUUCUGAAGAAAUUUUUGAAUUUAUUUUUUAGUUUUUCUCUUUUUCCCUUGAGAGCUUCAAGGGAGGACGUUUUGGGGUCUUGAUUUGUUACCCUGGUUGCAAAGACAAUUACCAUGUUGAAAACUAUGGAGAGGUAUUUAUAUAUUGUAUGAUAAAACAACAGACUUGUGAUUUCACAUUUUUCGACGUCAUCUCAUGCCCACAGUUGCCCAUUGUGUUAGGUCUUCUUGGAUCAUGUGAGCAAGAAGCUUGAUUGAGAAAAUCACGAGAGUACUAGGUCCACAGUCCAUGUGAGAUUCACAUCACUGAUGUCUCGUCGCCAACAUACACCAUUGAUUCAAGACCAUGUAUUUUGUGCAGCAGGUUUUAUUCUCAGAAGAUGAAACAGGAUGCCUUUCUUUUCAGCAAAGUGUCAUAAUUUUAUUUUUGUCCGAUGCAUAGUAACUAAAUCAUACUACUGUAUCACUAGUAUUACAUUGUUUUCUUUGCAUGAAAGAAGAUCUUUCCUUGUCUCUGCCUGGCAGCAAAACAAAGACAAAUUCUGGGUCCUGGAUUCUUAGCAGAGCUGUUGAGGGUACUUUUGAACAUUAAUUUCAUUUUCCACACUGUAAACUUUUAUUCAAAUUUCAACCAUAUGUCUUUCUCUUAGCAUACUGAGUGCUUAGUAAUUACCAAAACCACGGGUUGCAUUUGUCAUCAGGGCAGUAGGUGCAAAAUAGAUGCGUUAUAUUUUUCAACCAUGGAUGCUCUGUAGUGUUUGCUGUUAAGUCUACAUGAAGUAAACGUGCAGCUGCAUGUUAUCACAUCGUCAAGGUGUGAAUGUCUUCCCGAAACAUUAUACAAGUUCACAAACCUACCAUAGCUACUCGUGUACAAUUUAACUGGGGGUGUAUUGUUACGUUUUUCUCAUUCCAGCGUUUGAUAACAUUGUCGGUGUUUUGUGAGGUUUAUCGUGUACACAUUGAAGUAUUGUAUCUGUGGCGGUACGACACAGGCUCUCUAUCAACAAAAGGUAUAUAUGCUCAAACUUAAUGCUCUUCAGUAACGUACCUACUACAAUGUCCAAGUAUAGCCAUGUAUCCAUGGUAACCGCUCCUUGAUAUGGAUCCUGUUCUCGCUAUAAGGUAUAUGAAUUAUGCAUAUUUGCCUAGGAGGAAAUUGUAUUGAUGUCUUGUUGACUGUCUGCAGAUUUAGCGCUACCACAAUAUUCUCUUUACUUGCAUUUUCAUUGAGAAUUUGCUGAUAUCGAUUAUCUGCUUGUGGAUAUGUUAGUCAUUAGUAGCAUGUCACUAAGCUUGUUGGAAGUUGCCUAUCUCAUACUGACAGCUGAAAGUUUUUCUUGUUUGUGUUUAAGUUUGUUCUGAGUACAUCUGAGAAAACACAAGUCAGUAUACUUUGUGAUUAUGAAUAGAAAGAAACCAUUACUUUGAAGAAUAUUGCUGGUGCGAAUGUCAUUUACGGACUUGUAUUGAAGGAUUAAAUGAAUCAUUUAAACAUCAUCUGUUGAGAGUCAUCUGUAAAACACCACACAAAGGUAACCAUGGUAACUGUAACCUUUUGUUACAUGUGUCCACAUGAUUACCCCUUGCCAAAGAAUCCAGUGCCAUCUAGCAUGUUUUUUUCAUGUGCAACUGUUGACUCCUGAAAGACACUAAGCUUUCAGGGUUCACAAAUGAGACAUCGUGACCACAUUUCUGUCAUAGCAAUGGAGCUGCUCAGAACGAAUGGUGUGUUUUGUGAUCCGAGACCUGAAGACGACACCCCAGAAUUGAAUCUAGUCAUCUGUAAAGUGGGGUAACCCCAAGUGCUCGUACCAUUCCGUGGUUGUCAAAAUGAUCAAAUAUAAAAUGGUGACUGAAACAUAUCUCUGUGAAAUAUUUGUCAUGAAAGAGUUCUUUGUCUCAAUUUACCAAGUACAUAAAUUUGUUUCGUUUCAUAUAAAUCUGUUUGCUGUGAUGGAUUGUCAUGCAUCUUAGAACACAAAUUUGCAGAGACAAAUUUUCCAAUCUUUUCCUUCCUUUCCAUAUGCCUCCAUUGAUUAAGGUUGUAUUUUGUUUAACACCUUGAACUAGUAAUGCAGGAUUUCAUUUGCAGCUAUACAGGUUUUUAGAUGUUGCAGGUAUAAACUGACUAUAGUGUAUCUGAUAUGCACAUGUUUUUAUCCAGCCUGGCAUGUAAUGAGUAGGAUCAAGUUGUCAUCUGGUCUGUCUGUCCGUUUUUCGUUUCUGGAGCUAUUCAAGAUUUUUCAUCCUAACAUGGUGCAUGCAUUAAUCAGGGGCUGAAGUGGUGCCGUAUGCUUUUAGGAAUUUAAAAAAAAAUAUAAAAAGAAUUUCCUGUUUCCAUGGCAACAACUUUGACUUUGACUCAGUUCAUAGUUGUGUGUUUGUACUGACCAUAUGUCUAAUCCAAAUAGGUAUUCUUUCAUGAAACUUUGAACAUACAAAGACCAGGUUGACAACUGAUGCCUUUUGCUAUUGAGGGAUUUUUAGAAUGUAUUUUCCGUUUCCAUGGCAACACAUUUGACUUUGACUCUGUUCAAAUUGGUGUGUACCUGACGUAAAAAUACAAAAUUCCAAAUCCCAAUUCCAUGGUAUUACUUUGAUAGCUCAAUAACUACCCUUGUAUACGGACAGACAGAUUAGAUGGAAAUUUUCUCUUAAAGUUGGACUUACAGUAACAGUCAGAUGAUUUGUUCAUUUGAAUUUGUCGGGGGGAGGGAAGGGGGAUUUGUCAUCUUCUGAUGACACUUGUUUGUGGAAUGCUACAUCAGUGCACCGGUGCAUCAUGAGUUUUCAUAUGCUGAUACGAAAUAUGAUAUGUCUUUUUUUCUGUAUCUAUACAAGACAAUACACUUGCUGAAAUAAAUUACUUACUAUUUGUUUAAUGACCCCUGGGGUUUUUGUCGGUCAGACCCUAGCAAAAUGUGUUGUAAUUUGCGUUUCAAGUUCACGACUAAAUAUAGCCACUACAAACGUGUCUACAGAUAGCUUUUCCUUUUGAACCUCGUAAUAUUUGUCAAGAAGUUCCCAUGCCAUUUGAUGUAAAUAUGCAAAUCGCGAUAUGUAUCACAUCGGGACAUUGCAGUAUCUUUUCACCACUACAAUAAACUGGUACUGAUAUUUUGUAAGAAAUUCACUGGAGCAUGUAUUUAGCCUUUAAAUUGUGCCUUGAGGCAAACUAGAAGUACUCAGGCAAAUCAUCUUCUAAAAAUUAGUGUAGAAGCUGUUUUCAAACAAAAUAUGUGUUUCCUAGCGUUUUGGGGGUUGUUUUUUUUGUCAAUGGUAAAAUUAACUUUCAUUGCCAAUUUAGUGCCUGAGAAGACAAGGAGUUUGCUUUUAUAAGAGCUGCUCAUGGGAUACCCGUAGUUUCCUAGCGGCCUACUACUUAGGGAGGUACAUCCAUCGAGAUGUCAGUUCUGAGAACUGUUCGUUUGUUAGGAUAGCAUGAUGCUAAUUAUGCUGCCAGGCACCUUGCAUGUGAUGGAGAAUGCAAGCUACUUAUUCUCAUGUUCACGUCAUUGUUCAACACUUGUUCAAAUAUUCACUACACAAACGGCUUGAUUUGAGAAAAUGAUUUGUAUUUUUAGUUAAGACUUUUAGUCUCAGAAAGCUGUAGGUUUUGGAGUCCCUCUGUGCAUUAAGUAUAGCUAUAAAAAUGUUUUUCCAGUUCCACACGAAAUAUUGUUUGUGCAUUAUCCCAUGGUUAAACUUCAGUAUAGUGUUUACUUAGUGUCCUUUAGCGGGGUUUUGACAAUGCUGAUAGUUGUAAGGUUGGAAACAAUUCAUGAUACUUGGUUUACAUCCGCGUAUGUUCCAAGAUAGGUUUCAGCUGGUAGGCCAUCUCAGGUUUCUACCAUGUUGUGAAGAACUUUUCAAGUGAGGUGGAAUGCUGUGCCUAGGGUGGUAAAGGUUUAAUGGAAUAGCACAGAGCUAUAUGAUAUUUCCGUCUAACGUUGGAUUUCCUUUUUUUUGCUUCUUUUUUUUUUAUCAUUUUGGUUAUUUUGAUCACAUUCUUCCGUGGAUUUUCUAUUAUGCCUUCUUGAACAACACAAUUUUUUUUUAGUCUUUCUUGUCAUUCUGUACUGAUGUUAGAGCUGUGUUUGAUGAUGUGACACCUGAGGCCAGGUUCUUUUAAUAGUUGAUUCCCCAGACCGACAGACAAGAAAUGGAAAAUAGAAGAAAGCCGUUUGACUGUUCUUUUGUUUUACAACAUUGGUGAAAUGGAAAUAACACUUGUUACCGCAGAUUGAAAGAAAUGGUGAACAAGAUGUUUAAAAAUCUUUUAGGAAAAUCUUGUCAUGUUAAAACUUUUCUUUCCUUCUUUUUCAUUCCUAAUUAGCAUACAAUGUGUGAAGCCCAUUUUCUGGUGUCCCUCUUGAUAUUGCUUGAAUAUUGCUAAAAGCAGCAUAAAACCAUACUCACUCACUCACUUACUCACUCACUCUCAUUAUUAGCAGUACUUAUCUAGAAGUUGAAAUUUAUUAAAGUUAUCUAAUGACUACCUCCUUUGAAUUUUAGGCCAAAUCUUUUGCAAACCAACUAAUGAAAGGUAGAUUUGUAUUGGAGAUGAGGAUAAGUUUAGUUGUUACCAGUUCAAUGGUCAAUCAUCAAUUGGUCGACUGGCUGACAUUCAUUAUAACAUCGGAGAAGCAGACAGACAAGGCAGUGUUGGAUGACUUAGACAGUUUCGGUAACAUGUUUUUAAAAACUUGAGUCUACUAGCCCGAACAUAGCUCUUAGCAUCAUUAGAGUUUAGUGUUAUUAUAUGGACUAUUAUUAGCUGAGCUUACUAGCCCGAACAGAACUAUACUAGACUCUGGCUUUGGACUAGUGGCUAAAGUCACAUAAUGCUUAAAUCCAUUUGAAGGGCCUGCCAAUUUGCCUGAUGGUUGGUAGAAUUUGAGGCUUUGUUGCCACUAGUGGUAAAAGUCUGAGACCUGCAUCUCUUAGGCUUUCCUCCCACAUUUAUCUGAGAUACCAUGAUAGGCGACAUCAAGGCAUGCUCUUUGAACUCUCUCACUGACUUGUUCCCAUGUUAAGACAAUUUUUUGGUGAACCUUUUCAAGAUAUGCAAGAUCCAAUUUUUUUAUCUUUCUCUCUCCCCUCCCCCUGCCCCCCCCCUUUUUUUAUUGUCGAUUUGAGCCUCAGUUUGUACAACAGAAACCUUUCAUGUCCACGUAGCUAGGGACUAUAUAGGCUGUUUAAGCAUGCACUCAUUUCUGAUGGGUGUUUGAUAAACUUUAGGCCAUGACAAUUUGAGUUUUUAUUUACAGCAUGACCGUCUUGCUUGAUUUUCAUAAUAAUUUUACAUUGAGUAUUCUAUACUUGUCUUUCAAUAACAUAAAGAUUUGCUAGUUUAGAACAGACAGUAAAAUCUCUGACAAUUAUUAGGAAAUAUUCUACUUCCUGCUUCUCCCUUUAAAUAUAAGCUGUUGUUUGGACAACAGUAUCCGCAUGAAGUUAACACUAUAUGUGGGGGAAUUCUUUUCAACGUGGUGCUGGUAGGAAAAAACCUUUUCAAUAACUUUCCUUUGCACAAACUUUUUUUUUUUUCGUGUCUUUCUGUGUGAGGAAAUAAAGCUAUGUGUUAAACUUAUUUCUGUAGGACACAAGGUUAUUCUUAGGAAUGAUCAUCACUGUAGAUGUUUAGAACAAAAUGUUCAAGAUUUUCUAAACGGACUGCACUUCUUGUAGCUUGGUGUUGGUUAGCGAGGGCCAAGCUUUUCUUAUGACUUGAUUGAAGAAGAAGAAACCAAAUUUUUUCAAAAAAAACAAAACAUUUACCUUCUUUGGAUGAAAUUUGUGAUAAUUAGAACCAAGUAGUAAGGGAAGCUUGUCCUAGCUAUGGACAGUACCUGUGAAUAUACCUACAGUGUAGAUACGUAAUCGUGUGACUUGUUCCGAGACGAAGAACUCCUCUGAAAUCUUUCUGGUGGAUAUUAAAGUUAUAUGAUAAACUAUAUAUCCAACUGGUGAAAAUGUUCAAUAUGCAUGCCUGUAAAAAGUUGGAAGAAUAAUAUUUUAAUGCAUUUUGUAAAUUAUUUGAAGUUGUGAUGUGUAACCAAGGGCUCCUAUUUAUCUGCAGUUGCACUGAUAUGAUGUAGAGCUAGCGUCGGUUCUGCUUGUUUAACAACAUUAGUCAGAUGCGGAGCUGGGACAUGUUGAAGGUUGAUGCUACAUUAGUUAAUUCUCACGACGAAGAUGUUUCUCUUUCUUGCGAUAUGAAACUAAUGCUGAAUAUCCCAGCUUUUCUUGUAGGUGAAUUAUUAAGCUCAAUGGGAAAUAGCAUUGUAUAUAUGAAACAUAUUAAUGUGGAUUGUCUUAGAAUAACUCUACCAUAUCAUCAUUAAACAGAUUUACUUUGGUGUGGUGUGUAUCUGAAUAAAUGAAUCGUUAUGUUCAUAUCCUGACGCGUACCAUGUUAUCGUGUAACACGGUAUCACAUUCUCUUCAAUUACCACAAUACGUGUAAUAAACUGCACUGUAAAAUAACCAAUCUGCUAUGUGUUGUAAGACUGUUUUACUACUGUGAACACAUGUUUAAACAAUAUUUUUUCAAUUGAAAGUAAGAUUAUAUUUUGCUAUGUUAUGAGGGACACAUUGACAAAGAUAUUUGUUUCAAGGGGUCGCAUUGACAAAGAUGUUUGUUUCAAAGGGUUGCUUUUUGUGUAAGUAACACACUUACCUGCUGGUUGGCACCAAAUACUAAUUAUUGUUAUGAGGAUCAACAUUUAUGGUUGGAUUUUGGCCAAAGAAAAUCCAUAAAUCCCAAAAUAAUGGCAUGGCUCUUUUUGAAUGGUGCUACAUAAUCUCCUUUUUUGAUGUUGGAGUAAGAGUUUGGUGGUGCCGAAGGUCAAGGUCAGUCUGCCAUAAACCACAAAGUAAUGUUGGAUAGGACAAAGAUAUAACUAAAACAUGUUGAAAAUUGAUAUUUACAGUUUUAUUUUCUUGUAUUUGGAUGUCAUCAAGCUGUUGAAUCCAGGGGAUGGCAAUUUCUGUCAAUGGACAUAAUUUGGAAUAUAUGCUGAUGUUAUAUCAGAUGUCAGUGAUAUGUGGGUUAAAGUUUUAACAUGAAGGUUAUUGAUAUAUGAAUAUAUUCUGUACCUAUCAUUUUGUUAACAUGUUCAUAAGUUCUUUGUAUCUAUACUACUUGAAAUAAGAUAACGAAACCUGAGUUUUAUUUUCAUAUGGCCAUAGCCCCGGUCCUAGACAAGUCAUGACUUGACUGACCAACUAUAGUCAUAUGAAAAGAUGGGUGUUCUUUAACUUAUUUUGAGUUGUAUAUAUUGACACAGACCCAACUGUUGGCGGGUCCGUGGAUUGGAUUAAGAUUAUCCACAGUAAUGAUCAAUAUUUUCUUCAGCAUGUUAACGAACAGUUUUGAAUGAUAAUUUCACUAUGUAUUUGUUUGAAAAACAGAUUUAUAUCUCCAUACAGUGCUGUUCUGUGAAAUUAAAUGUGUAUUUGUGGAUGAAUGUUAUGAAUGUACUGAAGUUUUGAAGAGACUGUAACAUGGCAGUUCCCCCUCUUUGAAACAUUGUCAGCGUCCCUGCAAUGCCAGCUGUGAGAGCGACCCAGGAUUUGUGUUUGUGAUGUGUUUCACCAGGACUUAGCCAAUGUACAAUGUGGAGAAGGAGACGAGAGUUAUGCAAUGAGCUAGACAAUACGUAGUUGAGGAGGUAUGUGGAAAUUCAUACAAUACUGUGGUAUAAAAUGAGUAUUUUGCUUGGCACUUUACAAAUGAACAUAUACUAUGUCAUGGUGAAAAAUAAAACACAUUUUCCAUUU